ACUUCAUUGUGUUUUAUUCAGAGGCUACCCUUUGUAAGUGUGAGCUGUCUGUGACUGAUGUAGACUUGGAAUUCAUCAGUGGAGAGUGCUGAAAAACAUCUUCUGUUGUAAAUAUGUGCACCAUCACAAUAUCAAAGCAGUGGGUACUAAUCUCCAAAUAUCUAAUGUAGGUAUCUGGACAGUUUGAAGUUCAGCACAGGUGCAGUAUAUUAUCAUACAAGCCCAGAGGCAUCAUGGAUGGAAGCUGUGAUUGCUGAUCUUGCAGGCUAAGCAGGUCAAGUUGGCUAUGUCCCUGCAUGGAAGAUACUCAGAUGGCUCUGAGAGCAUUGUAGACUGCUCCUAACUUGUACUUGUACCUCAGAGUUGGGGGACCCAGUGUAAUGCUUGUCUCUGGCUGUUGUAUCUGGAGGCACUCUCUUUUGGGGUAAGAUACUGCCUGCUGGUGCUUUUGUCAAGUAAUGAUAGUUAUGUUGGUGUCCUAGGCAUGUUGUCUGUGUUUUGACAGCUAGAUAUCUCUGAUAAAGCAGUCUCAGUUCUAGUCUGACUAAUAAGUCUUUGCCUGCUAAGAUUCCUGUGCUGCUUCAUUCGGGUGAUGCUCCCAGACUGUUGUACAAGUUUGCUCUGUCUUUGUCAUGUCUUUUGCCCAGUUGCCGGGAGGUCACCCAACUGGAUCCCCAGCCAAAUGCACUCUUUUACUCAGUAAUGUAUUUCAUAAUUUUUCAACUGGCUUAAAUAAACUUCAUUAACCUAUUGUUAAGGGCCUAAGAAAGAAAGGAAAGGACUUGAAAGUGCAAGUGAAGGUGCUCCAUCUUCCAGUCCUAAACAGCAGAGCACGGAGGGGUGAAUACGUCCAGGUGUGUUUAGGUUGUGUCCCUCACUCCCUGCUCUGUUGAUACAAUGCAGAGAGUUUGUACAUUCCCAGCACAGUGCCCUGGUUUUCUCUGACUCUAUCAUCACAUGAUAGAGGAACAUUUUGUAGAGUCUGUGUUUUGUUGUUUUUUUUGUUUUGUUGUUGUUGUUUUUUUUUUUUUCCCCCCUUCCUUUUAUCUGUCUUGGUGAUGUGUCAGAGCCUAAGGCAGGGCUGAGCUCUCCUCCUACCAUGUGAUGUGGGCUAUAACCUCAGCCCUGUGCCUUCUCUGAGGCUGAAUCUGCUUUGGACCUUGAGUCUUCAGGGAGUGAAAUUCCUCUGGGACUGUGUGACGAGCCGGCGGAUCCCUGGGAGUCAUGGCUGUAUCAUGGCAGAUGAAAUGGGGCUGGGCAAAACCCUGCAGUGUAUCACACUCAUGUGGACGCUUCUCCGGCAAAGUCCGGACUGCAAGCCUGAAAUCGAGAAAGCCAUGGUGGUGUCUCCCUCCAGCCUGGUGAGAAACUGGUACAAUGAAGUAGAGAAGUGGCUGGGGGGAAGGAUCCAGCCACUGGCCAUUGAUGGAGGCUCCAAAGAAGAGAUUGACCGUAAACUAGUUGGUUUUAUGAACCAGCGUGGCCUGCGAGUGCCUUCACCCAUCCUGAUCAUCUCCUACGAGACCUUCCGACUCCAUGCUGAGGCAUUACAGAAGGGCAGUGUUGGGCUGGUCAUAUGUGAUGAGGGCCAUAGACUGAAGAACUCUGAAAACCAAACAUACCAGGCUCUCAACAGCUUAAAUACACCUCGACGAGUCCUUAUCUCAGGCACCCCCAUUCAGAAUGACCUGCUUGAAUAUUUCAGCCUGGUGCACUUUGUCAAUUCAGGCAUUCUAGGAACUGCACAGGAAUUUAAAAGACACUUUGAAAUUCCCAUUUUAAAAGGCAGAGAUGCAGAUGCAAGUGAAGCUGAGCGACACAAAGGAGAAGAAAGACUUAAAGAGCUGAUCAGCAUUGUGAACAGGUGUUUAAUCCGAAGAACUUCAGACAUCCUGUCCAAAUACCUCCCAGUGAAGAUUGAGCAGGUGGUCUGCUGCAGAUUGACACCUCUGCAGGCUGAGCUGUACAAGAACUUCCUGAAGCAAGCCAAGCCAGUGGAGGAGCUGAAGGAAGGCAAAAUCAGUGUGUCAUCUCUCUCUUCCAUCACUUCCUUGAAGAAGCUCUGCAAUCACCCUGCUCUUAUCCAUGAUAAGUGCGUGGAAGAGGAAGAAGGUUUUAUGGGAGCCCUGGACUUGUUCCCUGCUGGCUAUAACACCAAAUCUGUGGAGCCCCAGCUUUCAGGAAAGAUGCUGGUUUUGGACUACAUCCUUGCUGUUACAAAAAGCACCAGUAACGACAAGGUAGUUUUAGUGUCUAACUACACUCAGACACUGGACCUAUUUGAAAAGCUCUGCAGGAACAGAAGGUAUUUAUAUGUCCGGCUAGAUGGCACCAUGUCCAUUAAAAAGAGAGCAAAGAUUGUGGAGCGAUUCAACAGCCCCUCGAGCCCUGAGUUUAUCUUCAUGUUAAGCAGCAAAGCAGGUGGCUGCGGUUUGAAUUUGAUCGGGGCUAACAGACUGGUUAUGUUCGACCCAGACUGGAACCCAGCUAAUGAUGAGCAGGCCAUGGCUCGUGUGUGGCGGGAUGGCCAGAAGAAGACAUGCUACAUCUAUCGACUGCUUUCAACAGGGACCAUAGAGGAGAAGAUAUUCCAACGCCAGACCCACAAGAAGGCCCUCAGCAGCUGCGUGGUGGAUGAAGAGCAAGAUGUAGAAAGGCACUUCUCACUUGGGGAGCUGAAGGAGCUUUUCACAUUGAAUGAGACCACCACUAGUGACACCCAUGACAAGAUCAAGUGUCAUCGCUGUGUGAACGGCCACCAGGUACGGCCCCCUCCUGAAGGGUCUGACUGUACCUCUGACCUCUCCCAGUGGAACCACUGUGCCGAUAAGCGGGGGCUGCAGGACUCCGUGCUGAAGGCUGCAUGGGAUGCUGCUGUCACCUUCACCUUUCACCAUCACUCCCAUGAGGAGCAGCGAGGGAUUCCCUAACAGGUUACUGUCCCCUGUGGGGGCAAGGACAGGCUGCUGUGGCAGUACACCCCACUUGAAUCCCUUUUAAGGAAAGGGGCAGUGGGUAGCCGUACAUGCUGGACCGUUGCGUGGCUGUGGAAUAACAGAACAGUGUGGUUUCCAAGAGGCUGGAAGGCCCUUAGCAUUAGUCAGUCAACUGCAACAGCAAGGAGUGCGUGGCUUUUUCUUUGCUGUUAUAUUGUGUGUCUGAAAAACAGCCCUUUGGGAACUGGGAAAAACUGGACCUUGUGCCCUUGAUCAGAUAUUGCACUGGCUCUCAUGCUGUUGGAGUCUGUGCCUUCUACUCAGCCAAGUUUUGUCCUCAGGUUUAAGUUAAGCCUGCAGUUUUAGAGCACUCGAUGUGCAGUCAUGGUUUUUCUUCCUUGACAGCUCUGGCUUACAGCUGUUGAUCAGAAACUUGCAGGGUUCAUUUCUGUAGUGAAAUGUGAACCUUGAUGAUUACUUGGGAAGAGGAUUUGCAUAAGGGAAAAAUUUCAGCUUGCAUGUUGAAUAUUUGGCCUGAAAGAUCAUGCAAGCAGUAGAAAAUCAGGCUCUAAGGUAAAUCAAUUUCUAAAACCACUUGCUUUGUUAUGGGCAGGCUCCCCUGAUCUAACAGUGUUUUAAUUAGAUCACAUUACAAACCAGUAACAAAAUUUACACUUUGGUACAUUAUGGGUCUUAAUUAUAUUUUUAUUACAAAAAUGUUACAAAAAAACAAACUAUUCAAAACCUCUGUAAAAUGACUGCAGACAUUGGAGAGGGGCAACAUGACUGCACAUAAACAGCAGGCUACUUGGUACAGAAGGAAUUUAAAAUAAGAUUUUCCAAAUGUAAAAGUUCAAGGCUAGGAAUGCUUUUAGGGAAGCUCUUAGCUUGUUUGCUACUCCCUUUAAAUGGAGGGAGGAGUUCUUAUUUCACAGAUCCUAGCGUGGCUGAAGUUGAAAGGGACCUUGAGGGCAUACUGUCCAAUGCCCCUGCUCAAAUGCAAGGCCACCUAGAGCUGAUUGCCAAGGGCCACAGCCAGAUGGCUUUUGAGUCUCUCCAAUGAUUAAGAUAUUUAUUGAUGAGAUGUUGGCUGAAACAGAUAAAUAAAUAACUGCUUGUCUAGA